AUGGAAAACCACCUAUUGCUUUGUAUUUUAUUAUUGAUUCCUGCCUUUGCAUCAUCAGACUUUUUGGUAACACAUGUCAGAAACAUCAAGAAGCGAAAUGCUGAUAAUGACUUGGUUGUCAAUGGGAUAGAAAUUUAUAGCAUGAAAAUUGAUAGUAAAGUAACUUCCCGAUUUGCCCACAAUGUCAUCACCAGUCGAGCUGUCAAUCGUGGAAAUGUGCACAAAGAAGUCUUCUUUGAUGUUGAACUCCCUAAGACAGCCUUCAUUACCAACUUCAGCAUGACAAUUGAUGGUGUCACUUAUCCUGGAACUAUAAAGGAAAAAGAAGCUGCAAAACAGCAGUAUGAGAAGGCUGUUUCAAAGGGACAGACUGCUGGUCUCGUCAAAGCUUCAGGAAGAAAAACAGAAAAAUUCACGGUCUCGGUCAACAUUGCUGCAGCCAGUAAAGUCACUUUUGAACUCACUUAUGAGGAACUGCUGAAGCGACAGUUUGGAAAAUAUGAGAUGUUCAUCAAAGUGAAACCGAAGCAGCUCGUCAAAGAUUUUGAGAUUGAAGUAAACAUCUUUGAGCCCCAGGGUAUCACUGAGCUGGAAGCAGAAGGAACAUUCAUCACCAAUGAUCUACAAAACAUCAUGAAAAAAACUUUUUCAGAGAAAAAGGGGCAUAUCUCUUUCAAGCCAACUCUUGAUCAGCAGCGAACCUGCGCAAAUUGCUCACAGUCUGUCUUGGAUGGGGACUUCAUUCUAAGAUAUGAUGUGAAGAGAACAACUCCAGAUAAUUUGCAG